GCUGUUGUGAUUGGCCAAUUUCUCUCCGAUACGUCUGACGUCAGAUCCAGUCAUCCGAUCCGUCUUCAUCAGUUUUGAUGCGAAAGGGGAAGUUGGGAGGAACCGAGAGGAAGAUCUGGGAGUGAGUGUUUGAGAAGCACCUCUUGACUUCAGUACAGGAGAUUGGGCUCAGGGUCAUGGCUGGAAGAGGUGGAGCAACGAGACCUAAUGGGCCGAACGGCGGCAACAAAAUCUGUCAAUUCAAACUAGUGCUUUUGGGGGAAUCUGCUGUGGGGAAGUCAAGUCUAGUCCUUCGCUUUGUAAAAGGACAGUUUCACGAGUUUCAGGAAAGCACAAUAGGAGCUGCCUUCUUGACUCAGACAGUAUGUUUGGAUGACACAACAGUGAAGUUUGAGAUCUGGGAUACAGCUGGCCAGGAGCGCUACCACAGUCUGGCCCCAAUGUAUUACAGAGGAGCACAGGCGGCCAUAGUGGUGUAUGACAUUACGAAUGAGGAAUCAUUUACACGUGCGAAAAACUGGGUGAAAGAGCUUCAAAGACAAGCCAGUCCAAAUAUUGUAAUAGCUUUGGCUGGAAACAAGGCAGACCUUGCCAACAAGAGAGCGUUGGACUUUCAGGAUGCACAGUCAUAUGCAGAGGACAACAGUUUGCUCUUUAUGGAAACAUCGGCAAAGACUUCAAUGAACGUGAACGAGAUUUUCAUGGCCAUUGCAAAGAAACUGCCGAAGAACGAGCCCCAGCCUGCAGGUGCCAACACGGGACGCAACAGAGGUGUGGAUCUGACAGAAACGGCACAGCCCACGAAAGGUCCCUGCUGUAGCACCUAAACGCCGCCGCUCCUCGCCUCCUAACCAACCGCAUCACAUCCGGACACGGGGCUCCUCCUUCCAAACCUCGCUCCGUGGAUUAGCUAAAGACUCUGUAUAGCUGGGUUUCUAAUACUUUUUUUUACUUUUUAUUUUUAAGAAAAUAUAUGUAAAUCUGCAGUCUUACUGGAUGCAUGUAUCACUACAAAAGCUAAAUACACAUUUUAACUUAA